AUGAUAGGUCGUACUUUGUAUAAGAAUACUAUAGCAGCCAUGAAACAGAAAGUUAUAGUUAUAGCAGGAACUACAGGUGUAGGAAAAUCUCAAUUAGCUGUUGAGUUAGCUACACGCUAUAAUGGUGAAAUUAUUAAUAGUGAUGCUAUGCAAGUGUAUCGUGAUAUACCAAUAGUAUCAAACAAACAUCCAAUGGAAGAGAGAAAGGGUAUACCUCAUCAUGUAAUGGAUUUUUUACCUUGGGAUAAAGAAUAUUAUUUACAUCAAUUUGAAAUUGAUGCUCGUAAUGCAAUUGACGAUAUUGUCUCUAGAGGUAAAUUACCAAUUAUUGUUGGUGGUACUCAUUAUUAUUUACAAUUUUUAUUUGAUAAAUAUGUUAACACUAACACAACUGAUGACCAUAGUAACACUUCUCUUUCAGAGAUAGAUCAAAAUAGAGAAGUUACAGAAUCAGAACAAAUGAUACUAGAUAGUCGUGAUAAAAGUAAAAUAUUCGAGACGUUACAAGAAGUAGAUCCGCAAAUUGCUUCAAGGUAUCACCCAAAUGAUGAACGUCGUGUACGUCGUAUGCUUGAAAUAUAUUUCACAACAGGUAAACGACCUAGUGAGUUAUUUGCUGCUCAAGCAAAACAAUUAAGGUAUGAUGCAUUAUUCCUUUGGUUAUACAGUGAUCCUAUACCUUUAGACACUAGAUUGGAUUCUCGUGUAGAUGAUAUGGUUAAAAUGGGUGCAUUAGCUGAGAUCGAUCAACUUUAUAAAUUCUAUCUUUCUCAACCUGAACAUAAUGACCAUGGUGGUGUAUGGCAAGUCAUUGGUUUUAAAGAAUUUUUACCAUGGUUAAAAGAUGAGAAAAGUAAUGAUAAAUUAUGGGAUGAAGGUGUUGAUAGAAUGAAAUUACAUACGCGACAAUAUGCACGUAGACAAAUCAAAUGGAUUCAAAAGAUGUUAAUACCGGAUAUUGGUGGUGAUAUUUAUGUAUUAAAUGCGACAGAUUUAUCUCAAUGGCAUCAAUUAGUUGGCGAUCGGGCAUCGGACAUAGCUGCAAAUUUUUUAGAUAAUAUGAAAGAUGAUGACAUAAAGGGUAACGAAAAAAAAGAGAUGAUUCGUGCACCAAAAGAGUUAAUACAUUUGAUCUCUAAUGAACAAACCAUUGGGAAAAAGAGGGGAAUUUCAAAUGAGGACUGUCAACAUUUUAUUUGCGAUAUUUGUAAAGAUCAUGAUGGAAAUAAGUUAAUUGCUAUUGGCUCUAAACAAUGGGAAACUCAUUUGAAGAGUCGUAGACAUAAAGGAAAUUUGACAAGAGGUAGUAAAAAAGCUGCAUAUGAAAAAUGGAAAAUGGCUCAACAGAAAUAA